GACCUUUGAUUCGGAAACAUUAUUCUAUUUUGUUUUAUUUUGUAUUUUAUAAAGUCAAUAAUGUACAUCACACACAGUCUCUAACAUGCACAUUGCACAGCAUCAGACAUUAUACCAAAAGGCCAUGAUCAAAUCUUUAUUCCGUGUAUUCAUUUUUUAUUUUUAUUUUUUUAACAUAGUUGAAACAUUGUUUGAUGAAGUGUCUUUUUUCAUGUCUAACUUUAAGUCCCACAGGUGGUCACCUAAACGUUCCCGUAAAAUACACACUAGCUCGUGUUAAUGUGCUGAAAUACACAACGACUGCGGAGACUCUUUUCUUCAGAUUUUACCAGAGGAUCUCAAAGAUAAAAAAAUCGAGGAAAUGAGAAAACGCAACAACUUAGUAGGGAUUUGAUAGGAUAACUACCAAACCCACACUCUCAGAAGUAAAGGUACAAAAGCUGUCACUGGGGCGGCACCCUUUGAAAAGGUGCACUUUUGUACCUAUUAGGUUCAAAUAUGUACACUUUAAGUACUAAUAUGCACCUUUGAGGACGUUGUUAUCCCCAUCAGUGUGUAUUUAUGAUAAGCGUCAAUACCGAUUUAGUCUCAUCCAAAACAUCAUUUAUACACAUUGAUUGAGAAAAAGCCCUCUGAUGCUAAAAUGGUUUCUUCCAUGUUGACAUCUAUACAAGACAACAAAGUGAAAGUAACAGUACAGGAAGCAUUUAUCUCAUCAAAAUAACUGCGUCACGUUAUCAUAGCACAAAAAGUGAGUAUCAAAUGUCAUUUUUGAUACACAGAAGCUCGCGUGAUGAUUAUAUUUGGUAGAUAAACACCAUUUUUAAAUGUUGUAAGCCUGUGUCAAAUAAAAUCGACACGAAAGCUUCUAUAGGUCGAGUGCCGUUACGACGUCGCGAGGUUUGACGUUAACGCGCUUAAACUAUGAACUACGAUUUUCGCUUAUUGUUGUAAUUUUGUUUUUGUUGUUCUUCGAUCGUACAUACGUAGCUGAGGCUUCGCACAGUAUAUCCACCUCAAUGCUAAUGAAAUUUAAUCAUCGUGAAAAACCGAAAAAUAAGAAUCCUUUAAAGUAAAAUAAAUAAAUAAAUAAAAUAAUGUAAAAAAUAAAACGAUAUUUGUAACUAAAACCAUAGAAUUUAACCCCACUAUUAAAAACACAGCCUACACAGCAAGAGAAGGCAAAACGUAUUGUUUCCUCUAAAAAAAAAAAAAAAAUCGUGGGCGUGACUGUUUCUCAAAUUACAUUAGGUAAAGCCAGAGCUAUAGAGAGAGUCAAUGUCUCUCUAUGGCUCUGGGAAGCUAAAGCAAAAUGGAUCAUACCAAGUAAACCCUAGUGGUGGGGGAGCAAGAAAAGAUGAGUCAAAACCAGGAAAUGGUAGAUACUACUUGUGAGAGCCUACUGCUUGACUUGUUCAAGAACAUAUUUUGAUAGCCUUAACCCAUGCCUUCUGUUUUUGGUGUUUACUCAGACAACCCUUAUUACUCACAUAAGGGGGUGCAUUCUGACGAAAUUCAGUUUACUUAAUAGCAACAUUUAUAAAUACAUUCAGGUUCAUAAUCAUUGCAUCAGGCUAAAUUUCUAGUUUAUUUACUGUGAUUGUGUUUAAUGUGUCUGAAUCAGUGUUUCUGUUAUUGAGUCAUUAGAGGAGAUCAGACUAGAAACACUGAACACCAGUGCAGCAGAAUGAGUCACGUACAACAAUUAAAAGAUGGAGAUUUUUCUCCAGGAUGCAGUUCAGUCCAGCAGGAGGGAUCAGAUUCAGCAGAGCCCAGCUGUGUGUCCAUGAAGAGUGACUGGUCUAUAGAUCCUCCACCAGAAAUGAAAGAUGGAGAAAAGCAGAGUGUCAGUGUAGCUCAGCAGAUGAGAUCAGAUUCACCAGAGCCCAGCUGUGUGUCCAUGAAAAGUGACUGGUCUAUAGAUCCUCCACCAGAAAUGAAGGAUGGAGACAGAAGUGUAGCUCAGCAGAAGAAAUCAGAUUCACCAGAGCCCAGCUGUGUGUCCAUGAAAAGUGACUGGUCUAUAGAUCCGCCACCAGAAAUGAAGGAUGGAGACAGAAGUCAAAGUGUACAUGAUCGCUUACGGGGAACCCUGCGACCCAGACCAGCUGUAACAGAACCCGUCUGUAAGAAAAUGAAAUAUGAUGAGUCUAUGAAUCAACCACAAGACUUUAAUGAAAGCAUGUAUCCUGCUGACAGCCAUGAUGUCCUCAACACAUUCAGAUCAAAUCUGAUGAAGAAGUUUGAGCGUCUGUUUGAGGGAACAGCAAAGCAGGGAAACCCAACACCCCUGAAUGAGAUCUACACAGAGCUCUACAUCACAGAGAGUGAGAGUGGAGAGAUCAGUAAUGAACAUGAGGUGAGACAGAUUGAGACACAAUCCAGGAGAGCAGCAGCAGAGGACACACCGAUCAAAUGCAGUGACAUCUUUAGACCUUUACCUGGACAAGACAAACCCAUCAGAACUGUGCUGACAAAGGGAGUCGCUGGCAUUGGAAAAACAGUCUCUGUGCAGAAGUUCAUCCUGGACUGGGCUGAAGGGAAACAGAAUCAGGACGUCCAGCUCAUAUUUCCACUUCCUUUCAGAGAGCUCAAUCUGAUGAAGGACAAAACACUCAGUCUUUCAGAUCUUCUUCAUGUCUUUUUCCCUGAAACAAAAGAAAUAGACAUUUUCAGUGAAAAAUAUAAAGUGUUGUUCAUCUUUGAUGGUCUGGAUGAGUGUCGUCUGUCUCUGGCUUUUCAGAGCGAUGUGAGGUUGUGUGAUGUAAGUGAAUCAGCGUCAGUGGACGUGCUGCUGAUGAACCUCAUUGCGGGGAAUCUGCUUCCCUCUGCUCUCAUCUGGAUCACCUCCAGACCAGCAGCAGCUGAUCUCGUCCCCUCUGAGUGUGUCCAUCGAGUGACAGAGGUACGAGGCUUCAAUGAGCCACAGAAGGAGGAAUACUUCAGGAAGAGAAUCAGUGAUCAGAGUCUGGCCGAUAGGAUCAUCUCACACCUGAAGUCAUCAAGGAGCCUCUUCAUCAUGUGCCACAUCCCAGUGUUCUGCUGGAUCUCAGCCGCUGUUCUGGAGAAGAUGUUGAGUCGAGCAGAGAGUGGAGAGAUUCCCAAGACUCUCACUCAAAUGUACACACACUUCCUGAUCCUUCAGACCAACAUCAAACAUGAGAAGGACUAUGAGAAGAAUGUGACGGAUGAAGAUAUGAUCCUCAAACUGGGAAAACUGGCUUUUCAGCAGCUUGUGAAAGGCAACCUGAUCUUCUAUGAGGAAGACCUGAGAGAGUGUGGCAUUGAUGUGACAGAAGCAUCAGUGUACUCAGGAUUGUGCACUCAGAUCUUCAGAGAGGAGUUUGGCUUGUAUCAGAUGAAAGUCUUCUGCUUUGUUCAUCUGAGCGUUCAGGAACAUCUAGCAGCUCUAUAUGUGCAUCUGUCCUGUAUAAACAACAAUGUAAAUGUGUUUGAGCCAAUCACCAAACAGAGUUUGCGGUCUAAAGAUAAAGACUGCCAUCAACUCAGUUCAUCAAAACAUGUUUCAUUAUCUGAGCUGCAUCAGAGAGCUGUGGAUGAGGCUCUACAGAGUAAAAAUGGACAUCUGGAUCUUUUCCUGCGGUUUCUUCUGGGUCUGUCAGUAAACACUAAUCAGAUUCUUCUACAAGGACUAAUGACAAUGACAAAAAGCAGCUCUGAGAGCAAUGAGGAAACAGUUGAGCACAUCAAGAAGAAGAUCAGGAACAUGUGCUCUCCAAAAAAAAUCAUCAAUCUGUUCCACUGUCUGAAUGAACUGGGUGAUCAUUCAUUAGUGGAGGAAAUACAACAGUAUUUAAAAUCUGGAAAAUUAGCUGAAACCAAACUCUCCUCUUUGCAGUGGUCAGCUUUACUGUUUGUCUUAUUGACAUUAGAGCAAAUGAUGGAUGUGUUUGAGCUGCAUAAAUUUGUUAGAAGAGAAAAUACUUCAGAUAAAGUUGUUCGGAAGCUGCUUCCUGUGAUUAAAGAAUCCAGAUCAGCACAUUUAGAAGACUGCAAUAUCACAGAUAAAAGUUGUACUGCUCUGGCUUCAGCUCUGAGAUCAAACCCCUCACACCUGAGAGAACUGGAUCUGUCUCAGAAUAAAAUAGGAGAUUCUGGAGUGACUGCUCUCUCUGCUGGACUGGAGAAUCCUCACUGCAAAUUAGAGAAACUGGGAUUGAGAGAUUGUGGAGUCACAGAUGAAGGUUGUGUUGCUCUGGCUUCAGCUCUGAGAUCAAACCCCUCACACCUGAGAGAACUGAAUCUGACUGAGAAUAAACUAAGAGAUUCCGGUGUGCAGUUACUUUCUGAUCUAAAGGAUGAUCCACUUCAUAAACUGGCAGAACUAUACUAUUGUGUUGUGUCCAAACAAAAUAAAGGAGGGAGGCAGAUUUUCCAUACUUGUGCCGUGUCGAUCACCAACAGUAAUCUCACUGGUUCAGUCCAGCAGGAGAGAUCAGAUUCAGCAGAGCCCAGCUGUGUGUCCAUGAAGAGUGACUGGUCUAUGGAUCAUCCACCCAAAUUUAAGGGUGGAGAAACACGAUCGAAUCUCAGUUCAGUCCAGCAGGAGAGAUCAGAUUCAGCAGAGCCCAGCUGUGUGUCCAUGAAGAGUGACUGGUCUAUGGAUCAUCCACCCGAAUUUAAGGGUGGAGAAACACGAUCGAAUCUCAGGCGAAUCUUGCAAUCCAGACCAGAUGAAAUAGAAAUGAAAUAUGAAGAGUCUAUGAAUCAACCACAAGACUUUAAUGAAGGCAUGGGAUCUGGUGACAGUCAUGAAGUCCUCAACACAUUUAGAUCAAAUCUGAAGAAUAAGUUUGAGCGUCUGUUUGAGGGAACAGCAAAGCAGGGAAACCCAACACCCCUGAAUGAGAUCUACACAGAGCUCUACAUCACAGAGAGUGAGAGUGGAGAGAUCAGUAAUGAACAUGAGGUGAGACAGAUUGAGACACAAUCCAGGAGAGCAGCAACAGAGGACACACCGAUCAAAUGCAGUGACAUCUUUAAACCUUUACCUGGACAAGACAAACCCAUCAGAACUGUGCUGACAAAGGGAGUCGCUGGCAUUGGAAAAACAGUCUCUGUGCAGAAGUUCAUCCUGGACUGGGCUGAAGGGAAACAGAAUCAGGACGUCCAGCUCAUAUUUCCACUUCCUUUCAGAGAACUCAAUCUGAUGAAGGACAAAACACUCAGUCUUUCAGAUCUUCUCCAUGUGUUAUUCCCUGAAACAAAAGAAAUAGACAUCUUCAGUGACAAAUAUAAAGUGUUGUUCAUCUUUGAUGGUCUGGACGAGUGUCGUCUGUCUCUGGAUUUUCAGAGCGAUGUGAGGUUGUGUGAUGUAAGUGAAUCAGCGUCAGUGGACGUGCUGCUGACGAACCUCAUUGCGGGGAAUCUGCUUCCCUCUGCUCUCAUCUGGAUCACCUCCAGACCAGCAGCAGCUGAUCUCGUCCCCUCUGAGUGUGUCCAUCGAGUGACAGAGGUACGAGGCUUCAAUGAUCCACAGAAGGAGGAAUACUUCAGGAAGAGAAUCGGUGAUCAGAGUCUGGCCAAUACAAUCAUCUCACACCUGAAAUCAUCAAGGAGCCUCUACAUCAUGUGCCACAUCCCAGUGUUCUGCUGGAUCUCAGCCGCUGUUCUGGAGAAGAUGUUGAGUCAAGCAGAGAGUGGAGAGAUUCCCAAGACUCUCACUCAAAUGUACACACACUUCCUGAUGGCACAGAUUAACAUCAAAGACACAAAGUACAAUGAGAAGAAGGACACCGACAAAGAGAUGAUUUUCAGACUGGGGAAACUGGCAUAUGAGCAACUGGAAAAAGGCAAUGUGAUCUUCUAUGAGGAAGACCUGAGAGAGUGUGGCAUUGAUGUGACAGAAGCAUCAGUGUACUCAGGAUUGUGCACUCAGAUCUUCAGAGAGGAGCUUGGCUUGUAUCAGGGGAAAGUCUUCUGCUUUGUUCAUCUGAGCGUUCAGGAACAUCUAGCAGCUCUAUAUGUGCACCUCUCCUGUACAAACCACAGCAUAAAUGUGAUUGAGCCAAUCAGCAAACGUGGCUUUUUGUCUAGAAUUAAGGGCUGGUUUCGACCAAAACAUGUUUCAUUAUUCGAGUUGCAUCAGAGCGCUGUGAAUGAGCUUUUCCUACAGUUCCUUCUGGGUCUGUCAGUGGAGUCUAAUCAGGGUCUUCUACAAGGACUAAUGAAACCGAUAAGAGGGAGCUCUGAGAGCAAUAAGGAAACAGUUGAGCACAUCAAGAAGAAGAUCAGGAGCAGUCGCUCUCCAAAAAAAUCAAUCUGUCUCUUCCACUGUCUGAAUGAACUGGGUGACCAUUCAAUAGUGGAGGAAAUACAGCAGUAUAUGAGAUCUGGAACAUUAGCUGAAGCCAAACUCACCUCUUUGCAGUGGUCUGCUUUACUCUUUGUCUUGUUAACAUCAGAGCAAAUGAUGGAUGUGUUUGAGCUGAAUAAAUUUGUUGGAAGAGAAAAUGCGUCAGAUAAAGUUGUUCGGAAGCUGCUUCCUGUGAUUAAAGAAUCCAGAUCAGCACAUUUGGAUGACUGUAAUAUCACAGAUAAAGGUUGUGCUGCUCUGGCUUCAGUUCUGAGAUCAAACCCCUCACACCUGAGAGAACUGGAUCUGUCUGGAAAUAAACUACUAGAUUUGGGCAUGAAGCAUCUAUCUGAUGGACUUAAGGAUCCUCGCUGUAAACUUGAGAAACUAAAGUUGAGAGAUUGUGGAGUCACUGGUAAAGGUUGUGCUGCUCUGGCUUCAGCUCUGAGAUCAAACCCUGAACACCUGAGAGAACUGGAUCUGACUGAGAAUAACCUAGGAUCUUCUGAAGUGCAGUUACUUUCUGAUCUAAAAGAUGAUCCACAUUAUAAACUGGCAGAACUACACUAUUGACUCUCAGUAUUUAGACGUCAGUCCAGUUUCCUCAGGAUCAGCUGAUGGUGAAUAAGGAGCCGCUACAGAGACAGUCAAACAAUCAAGACGUAAUGAUGGAUCAUUAAAAAAUAGCACAAAACAUUUAUUAAUUGCCAUUACAGUGAAUGAAUGUAAAGAUGACUGCAUAAAAACAAUUAAGUCCAUAUACAAAUUAAAUGGAUUAGAAUAGUCUUAUGACUUCAUUGUUUUAUACAUGUGGUUAAUAGCCACUUUCGGCAGCUUGGAUGGUUGCCAAAUAAAAGAAAGUAGCAUUCCUGAAUCUCAAAAAGGGUACAUAAAAUAAUUAUUAAUUGA